AUGUCAACUUUGCAGAAUAUCACUUCCACUUCCAUCAUUUUCCUGCUCACUGGUGUUCCUGGGCUGGAAGCCUUCCACACCUGGAUCUCCAUUUCCUUCUGCUUCCUCUAUGUAACUGCCCUCUCAGGAAACAACCUGAUCCUCUUUGCCAUCAUCACUCAGCCCAGCCUCCACAAACCCAUAUACUAUUUCCUCCUCAUGCUGUCCACCACUGACCUCGGCCUGUCCAUAUCCACUCUGGUCACUAUGCUGGGUAUAUUCUGGUUCAAUGUGAGGGAAAUCAGCUUUAAUGCCUGCUUGUCCCAGAUGUUCUUUAUUCAACUCUUCACUGUCAUGGAAUCCUCAGUGCUGUUGGCCAUGGCUUUUGAUCAUUUUGUGGCCAUUACUAAUCCUCUUAGAUAUACUUCUGUCUUAACUGAUCUUAAAAUAGCACAGAUUGGAGUAGCAAUUAUCACCAGGUUAACAAUAACACUGAUCCCUAUGGUGUUGCUUCUUAACAGACUGUCCUACUGACGCAGUCACGUGCUCCACCACUCCUAUUGCUUUCACCCUGAUGUGAUGAAGCUCUCAUGCACAGACACCAGAAUCAACAGUGCAGCUGGGAUGACUGCCCUGAUUACCACUGCUGGGGUGGAUUCUGUCUUUAUUGUCCUUUCUUAUAUUUUGAUCAUUAAGACUGUUCUUAGCAUUGCUUCCCCGGAAGAAAGGAAGAAAGCCUUCAGCACAUGUAUCUCCCAUAUUGGGGCUGUUGCUGUAUUUUACAUUCCAUUGAUCAGUCUGUCCUUUGUUCACAGGUUUGGGAAGCAGACCCCACCCUAUGUGCAUACUUUGAUUGCCAGUGCCUACCUACUAAUCUCUCCUGUAAUGAACCCCAUCAUCUAUAGUGUGAAGACCAAACAGAUAUGCCAGACUGUGCUAAAAGUUCUUCAUUCUAGCAUGGCAAAGAACUAG